AUGGAAGCUCAAAACCACACCACUAUGACAGAGUUCAUCCUUUUGGGGUUAACAGAGAAUUCCACACUGCGUGUCAUCCUAUUUAUGACAUUUCUAGGGAUAUAUGCUGUUACUUUAGUGGGCAAUUUCAGCAUCAUCAGUUUAAUAAGAAGCUGCCCUCAACUCCACACACCCAUGUAUCUGUUCCUUAGCCAUCUGGCUUUUGUGGACAUUGGCUUUUCCACAUCAAUCACACCUAUAAUGCUUACCGGAUUUCUUGAACAUACAAUAACACUCUCUGUGGCUGCUUGUGAAGCCCAAUUCUGCAUUGCAGUGACAUUUGGGACAGCUGAGUGCUUCUUCCUAGCUGCCAUGGCCUAUGAUCGCUAUGUGGCCAUCUGCUCACCCCUGCUUUAUUCAACACAUAUGUCCCCCAGGAUCUGCUUCCUUUUAGUUGGAGCUUCCUAUGUAGGUGGCUGUGUGAAUUCAUGGACAUUUACUAGUUGUCUGUUGAGUCUGUCCUUCUGUGGACCAAAUCAGAUAGAUCAUUUUUUCUGUGAAUUUCCUGCCGUGUUGAAACUUUCUUGCUCAGAUGUCUCCAUUAUUAGAAUUAUUCCUUCUAUAUCUUCUGGAACCAUCAUUGUGGUCACAGUGUUUGUCAUAGCUGUCUCCUACACCUACAUCCUCAUCACCAUUCUGAAGAUGCGCUCCACUGAGGGCCGACAGAAGGCCUUCUCCACCUGCACCUCUCACCUCACUGCAGUCACUCUAUACUAUGGAACUAUUACCUUCAUUUAUGUGAUGCCCAAGUCAAACUACUCUACUGAAAAGAACAAGAUACUGUCUGUAUUCUAUACAGUAGUGAUCCCCAUGCUUAACCCACUCAUCUACAGUCUGAGAAACAGAGAUGUAAAAGAGACUCUCACAAAGGCCACUGUCAGAAUCUUUCCAUAG